AUGUGGAGUGCGUUUAUGAAUGGCUCUGGGCUGCAGGCGGGGGGCGGCGCAGGUGGCGUCCCGUCUCAAGGAUGGGAGUUUGUCCCUUGCUCCAGGAUGGACAGGGGCAAAGCCAAACACCGUAAUCCUCUGAAAAGGAUUUCGUCUCCGCCUACUGUCUUCAGUCAGAUCUACGAGCAGCAGUUUCAGGCUUCAGGCGCAGAGCACGGAGCAGCUCAGUCUGAACUCAGGGGCCAGAUGUGGCCCGGGCCGGAGCCCCAGCAGCAGCACGCAAGGCUCAAGAAGAAAUUUGAGGAACUCAAAAAGCGUCACACUGAAGAUAAAGAAGAAUGGAUUAGAGAAAAGGAGUCACUAUUGAGAGAAGUGGCAAACAUUCAAGGAGGUGAGAAUAGAAGGAUAUUGCUGGAUCUAAAGAGUGUUUUGGAGGAGGUGCAGGUAGAAGUGAAGAGAGAGGAGGAGAAGAGGAGUGAGUUACAGCUGCAGUACACCAGAGACAGGUGCUCCUGGGAGCUGGAGAAGGCGGAGCUCAAACGAAGGAUUGCACAGUUGGAAUCCAGAGCGGGCUCUCGGCUGGUGACCGGAGGGGUUCAGUCGGUAGCAGGUCUUGGGGCUGGAGGAAUACAGAGAAGCCCUCAAAAAUAUUUGGACGACUCGCUCUGCAGAGAGAGAGAGGAACAAAAAAGGAUUUUGGCUGAUACCCACACGACUGCUAUGGACCUGCGUUACCGACUGGAGCACAAUGAGAGAGACUGGCUACGAGAGAAGGCAGAUCUGUUGGAAAGAUUUGACGUGGAGAGAAGGGAAUGGGAAUGUCAGCUGAAGGAUAUGCAGAGGAAAAUAGAAGAGUUGUAUUGUGAGGUGAGGACCAAAAGAGAAGGUGUGGGUGUGGACAUCAGAAAGAACUAUGACGAGACGGAACCCAGACUCAGCCGUUGUUCCAGCAGCACCGGCUCCAGCCUCCUGAGCAGCAGCAGCCAAUCAGAGCAAAGAUCAACACUGUGCUCUCACUUUGGCAGCAACAACAAGCCGAGCAGGGAUGGUCAAAGUCACCUCACCGCUGGGUUCCUCACGAACACACACGCUCAAGUACAAGCGAUUUAUGAAGAGGCUGUGAGGUCGAGAAGAGGCGCCAAUACAGAGGAGUUGGAUAAUAUCUUAUUCCACGGAUGUGCAGAGUCCCAUAUACCCACAGCCAAAGAGAAUGAAAAUGUCCAGAAUCCAAGAGAAAAUCCUCUGUGGACAGACCAGAAAUAUGGCAGUGAGAAGAAACGGAACACCACUGCUCUCAAUGCUGCUCUUAAGGAGAUCGCACGAGUCAGCGAGGAGCUGUGUAGCUACCAAGAAGAGAUUAGGCAAAAGAGCGGAGAAAAUAGAAGUCAUCCAGAGCAAAGAGACUUGGGACUGCGCAAUAUCAACUCCAGACCAGAUGUGGUUGAACCAUGUGACCUCAGUGAAAUUUAUGAUGAGCUGAGAGCAUUAGAACGAGAGCACUGGACAUUGUCCCCUGAAAACACAUGGAGACCACACUCUGGACCUGGAGCAUCCUGGAAAACAAGUCUCUCUUCUCCUGAAAACCACCAGGAGACACUCAGUGCAGGGACCUGUUUGGAAAUAGACUCUGCUGCUCCACCCAUCCCUCCCCGCUCCUCGUCCUGGAAUCUGAGCCCCCAACAAGACACAGAUCUGAACAUGCCAGAGUGUCCUAUGACCACAGCCAGGAAAUGCCACAGUCCGUGUGUGGUGGUGGACAGGAAGUGUACCAGCCCCUCCAUUGUGAGAAAGUUUGAGGCCAUGCUCCAGGAAAAUGAAGGAAAGGUUCUGAUUGAUGGGACAGUAUCUUCAUGCUCUGUACCUGCCAACCAAAACUGUAAUGUCAGCUGUUGCCAUAGCCGCUGGUCCUGUGAUGCCAGUAAGCUCACAAAUAAGGUGCCCUCUUAUGGGACCGUCCAGAAGAGCUUCUCAGAGGUCAAUAUUGUAACUGCUGCUAAAAAGAUGGGCCCGGACUACACUCUUACUGGUGCUAAUUUUAAAAGUCAAGAAGUGCAUCCCAAACCCCAGUCUGUGAUAGAAAGACCUGUUCUCCUCUCCUCUCUGGAUAUGCCUUCUACCAGCUCUGUCCUGCAGAGCUCCAGGAGAAACAUCACACUGGAGCAGAAAACCGCAGAGUUUAACCGGUGUCUCUUUCAGGCAGGAAUGGGGCGUGAGGUGGAGGAGCAGGAAACUUCAGAUCUCACCCCUUUGCUCUGCCAACAAGUGCUGUUAACAAGUGCUGCCUCUGGUGAGGAGCUGCUUACAAGGGAAGCCCUGUUACAACAACACUACUCUGAACUCCCCACACGCUGUUUUGCUGUCGAACCAGACCUUACCCAGUCUCUUUCCAUCUCGCAUAUCAUGAAGCAAAGCCCAGAGCCUCCAGCACAAAACAGAUGUUAUUCAAGAGAUCAACCAAUCAGCAAAGAGCAAGAAACCCAUGAUCUGCUGUCCAAAGAGAAGCAUGCAGCACAAUGGGAGCACAACACACAACAUGCACAAAGGCCUGAGGUCAAGCUCAGGAGAAGAGCCCAAAGCAAAGAGGCCACAGAUGCUCACACCUCUGAGCGGCUUACGUCUGAUAAUAUGAGUUUGAGUGUGAGCUCUUCCAGCUCUGAGAGCGACCAUGAAGAGGAGCCUCAGUCCAGAGCAGCAGUGACACAGCAGUCCUUUGCUGAGAACAAACAGAAACUGCAGCCAAAGCAUGCGCCUCUGCCGUCUGACUGCUGGCGGACAGGGCUUCGAAUGAUGAAUGAGCAUCCUUGGAAACCCCUCACACUGGCAGCCUACCCACGACCCGAGGGCUCUCGUUCCAACUAUGGAGCAGUGGAGAGGAUCCUAAAGAAUUAUGAGAAUGCGGCCAAAAGCAUGAACCAACCGAAUCCCGACGUGAGUGUGAGCGAGAAGAGUGAGCCGGAGCUGGACAUGCUGGACAUGGACUCUGUGCCAACUCUGUUCAUCAGAGAAACUCUGCCCCGCUCUGCAAGCACUCACAAGGUCCUCGAGAUGAAGGAGAUUCAGCUGACUGUGCAGAGAAACCAAGAGUCUUCCACCACAUCUCAAGUUUUGAAGCCAAAAUCCUUCUCCAGACCUGCGUGCCCGGCCAACCGGCGCCGACCUUCACAGAUGGCUGUGAAUAGAGGAUGUGUGGAUAGAACUGAAGGAUUUAUGCUCCCAAAGCCACAGAGCAGCCCACAGUGCUUCCAUGGGCUAAGAAACAACAGUAUGUUUCGUGGUGUGAAGCUACUUCUGAAGAGCUGCAGCUCGACUGGAGCCAGGGUCAGGCUAUUUCAAAGACAGUGCAGUGGAUGGGUGUAUUGCAGCUCACAUGGACUCAAUCUGGAUGAGAUCAGAGAGAAGCUAUUGGCUUUUCCAGGGGGCUCCAUUGAUCUUCACAAACAAAAUUCUGGGAUCGCGGUUUUAACGAUUAACAACCCUGCAAGGAUGAAUGCUUUCUCAGGCAGCAUGAUGGUGGAUCUGGAAGGGAGAGUGGAAGAGUUGGAGAACUGGUCCGAUGGCAAAGCUGUUAUCGUGCACGGAGCUGCUGGGACGUUUUCCUCUGGGUCAGACUUAAAUGCUGUUAGAGCAAUAGCAAAUCCACAGGAUGGGAUGAAGAUGUGCAUGUUCAUGCAAAAUACGCUUACAAGACUACAGAGGUUGCCGCUGAUCUCUGUUGCUCUUGUGGAUGGAAAGGCUCUUGGAGGAGGAGCAGAGCUUGUGACUGCCUGUGAUUUUGUACUAAUGGUUGAAGGAAGCGUUGUCCAGUUUGUCCAUAAACACAUGGGUCUUGUCCCAGGAUGGGGUGGUGCUUCUCGACUUGUGCGCCGUGUUGGACCUCAAAAUGCUCUUAAGAUCCUUGCUGGUGCUAUAAAGGGAGAGAGCUCCUUCUAUCUGAUGCCCUGA